AUGGCCGCAUUUAGCGGUGGGGAAAGAUUCCCGCACUUGGAAGUGAGUUCAAUUGAAGAACUGCGAAAUAAUGCAAAAAAUACAAAUACCAAGAGAAGCACAAUCGUUUGGCUUGGCGUUUUUAAAUCCUGGGCAAAGGAGCGAGGUUUUUCUGAGGCCACUGAAACUUACGAUGCGUUCGACUUAGACAAAAUAUUGGAGAAAUUUUACUGUGAAGUCAGGAACAAGGAUGGCGGUGAAUACGAACCAGACAGUCUCCGCGUUAUGAUAACAGCCUUGGACCGUUAUUUGAAAGACUGUGGUUAUCAGAAGUCCAUAAUACGAGUCCGGAAAUUUUGCAAAUCAAAAGAAGUUCUCGAGGAAAAGGCAAAGCGUCUACGCGAAGAAGGGAAAGGCAAGAGACCAAACAAAGCUCGAAGUUUAACCCAAGAGGAGGAAGAACUCCUGGGGACCAACGGAAAUCUUUGCAAUAAAACAGCCGAGAGUUUAAUCAAUACUAUUAUGUGGUGGUUACUGACACAAUAUUUUGGUCUUCGUGGACGACAGGAGCAUCACGGCAUGACGACUCGAGUACGUUGA